GCCUCUACUCCGAGCACGCCGCAUCAGCGCAGAGCGCGGCAGCAGGCCAAGCUGCCGCGCGCGCCCCCAGAGGCGCACGCCGCCGUGGUCGCCGACACCACGCGGGUCCUGGCCAGGCAGCCGGCCAACGUCAAGGCGCUGAUGCGGCGCAUGGUGGCGCUGGAGGCUACGGGGCAGCUGGACAAGGCGCUGGUUGACGCUGGCUCGGUGUUGACCAUGGAGCCGAAGAACCAGACUGCUCUUGACGUGGUCAGCCGGAAGAAGAAGAGCCUGACGACGAAGGCGACGGACCGGCUGGAGGACCCGAAGAGGGGCUCCCGGCAGACGCUCGCGGUCUUCCUGUUCACGCAGGACCGCCCGCUGCAGUGCUACGCCUGCCUCCGGUCCCUCAGGAAGCACGCCAGGCAAGUCCACGUCGAGGUGCACGUGUUCUGGCAGUCGGCAAGCGACGCAUGCACCAGGUCUUACCAGCUGUUGCAGAGCCUCCCGGAGAUGUCGAAGACUCCGGGCGCCGAGGCACUGGGCUCCGCCGUCGCGAGGACGGCAGCGGCGAGCCGGCUGUGCUGCCGGGAGGACGGCGAGAUAGCGAGGGGCUCCCAGCUUCCGAGGCUCGGCGUAGCGGAAAGCCCCGCGCCCGAGCCGAACGGCGCCCACAGCGCCGCGGACGAAGGGCGCUCUUCAGACAGGCCGAGCACGGACGGGGCUGAAGAAGUGGAGAACGCGCACCGCAUUGUUCAGGGGGAGGAGCUCAGCCUUCAGUUGCACGUCACCCUGCCCCUCGUGAUGCCAGGGGACUGGGCGGGAGAGAUGAUCGCGAGGAACAGCCUUGCGGGCGAGGGCGCAGAGCGUUGGCGGAAGCGUCAGCGGCGCAACCCGAACAGAGCAGGAAGGGCCACCGCGGCGCCAACUGACCGCGGCGCCAACUGCCAGGGGCGGAUCGCCGACGAGAAGACGGCACCUGGCCACCGGGAGAAGGCGUCGGAUAGCCCCGCGCUGCCCGAGAUCAAUGGCCUGCGCGAGCAGGGGUCGGAGGAUGGCCGCCCGCGAGCGGGCCCGCCUCGGGGCGCUGUCGCGCUCGAUUCAGAGGCCCGGAUCAGCGCGGCGCUAAAGGGGCAGGUGACCGCGCGCGAUUUGGCGCCGACUGAGAGCAACAUAGUCGGCGUUAACGGCACGGGAGCGGGCGAGCAGCAGGCGCCGAUGGCGGUGCUCGACGUCUUCGACGCGGGCGCGGAUCAGCGGGCAGCGACGCGAAGACGCAAGCGAGGCAACGCUGUAUUUCGCGCGGUUACGGGCGACAUCAACGCGUCCUUCACGCUCGUCGCGCUGGAGGCCCGGGGCCAAAUUGCAGUCGCGAUCCAGACGGGCCAGGGGACCGAUGAGCUCAAGCUGGAGCGCAGGUUUGGCCGCGACAUUGAGAUGACGGAUCCGAUCGCGCCCUGGCUCGCCAACUUGGCGGGCUGGGUGGUCACGAGAUUGCAGCUUCGAGAUGGCACGGGCGGCGCGAAGGGCGCCCUGAGAGUCCAGCUGGCAGCCCAGGCGGGCCAUGAACACCAGGGCGACACCGUGACGAGAAAUUAUGAUUGUUACACUGGAGAGCCGCCGGACAGGAACCUGCACCAGAAAGGUCGCGACGACGAGCUACGAACCAUGAAGGACUACGGAACCCACGCGGAGGCCACGCGGAGGCAAGCACGCGUUGGUUUGGCGCGACCUUUCCACGGGGCAAUCUUGCGGGCGCUCGCGCGGGCGGCGACGCAGGGCGGGCACCUGCGAGCGAGCCUCAGAGGGGAUCCACAAGCGGAAGAUCUGUGCGGCAUGGAGAUCACGAGGUUGUUGUUCAACGACACAGGGCACGACAGCCUUAACUUCAGUGGAGUUCGAGACGAUUGCCACAGGAACCGAGACAGCCAGAGGGCUGUUCCCGUAGAAGUCUCGACGCCAGCCGCGGGCGAGAAGAUGGUGACAGCGCAUGAAGUUCCAGGACAUGGAGCGGUUUGCCCCGCCCCUGUGCCCCGCUACGUGGACAGCGAGGAUAUUUGGGCGAUCCUAAAGACGGACAUUCGCACGGCGAUCGGCCUCGCGUUUCUGUUUGGCGCAGAGACUCACUUGGCCUCGCCUGCCAAGGAGGUCAACGCAGGACUCGACGCAGAGCCACGCUCGAAGGACAAAAGAGCUAGGCACAAGCUACUCAACACGUUUCUCGUGGCCGACUUUAAGCAGACAUUGAGGAACGAGGGCCUGCUCGCGACUCGCCCCAACGACACUUACCAGGGCGCCCGCGAGCUGGAGCCGCCGCCCAGCUUCAGGCGCUCCUGGGCACCCAUCGGCAGCCAGGGCCAGGCACAGCACCAGCAGUCCAAGCACGACAAGAAGAGCGACAAGGGCAGCAAGGGCAGGAAGGACAAGGGCACGCAGACGGAUGCCCCCACGGCCGAGCCCGAACGCAAGAAGACCCUUCUUGCCCGACACAAGGGCAAGAAGUUGCGGGAUCAGAAGUGCGCUGCCUCGCGUCAGAAGAGGGAUGCGGCAGCCGACGACAAUGACGACGAGGUUGCGAAGGAGCCCGUCUACGAGAACGAGCUUCGCAGCAGCGAGGGGAGGGCCAGGAAUGAGCGGCGAGCGCGGGCCGCCGGGGACGGCUGGACCUGGGUCGAGUGGUUGCGCGGCGCGGGCACCGCGGCGCCCGCGGAGCAGGCAAGUGCCGCGCCCGCAGAAGUGUCGGGCGCAGCACCGGGGGCCAGCAGGUGGCAGCCGCUGCUGCAGCUGCUGCAGGGCUGGGAGUUCACAAGCAACUACGCAGUCACCAUCGGCACUGCGGAGCACGGCCGCCUGUUCAGCUACGAGGGCGGCAAGUUCACGCUGGGCACGAAGAUCCCCACCGGCAGCACCAGCAAGUGGCCCUCGGCCAUGAUGUUCGCUGGCCUAGUGAACGACGGUACCAUCGGUUCUUUGGACGAUCCAGUUCACAAAUACCUGUCCUGGUGGACCAAGGACCCAGUGGAUCCACGAUCCACCGUGACUUUCCGGAUGCUGUUGACCUUUACGUCUGGUUUCGGAGACGGUCACCCUGGCGAGGAGGCCAACACACGCGCCGCCCAGGAGUGGCGCUUACGAAAUAACGUUUCCAGGCCAAACGAGAUGGCGCGCAAAACUCUUGAAGCCCGCCUGGCCGAGCAGAUUGGAUUUGAGGCCGCGCAGGCUUGCAACACUACCAAAGGCGAGAUCACCGAGUGCGCCAAGUCCAUUUAUGGCGGCGUCAAGUUGAUAGGCACCCCUGGGAAGGUGUACUCCUACAAUUCCAAUCACCUCCAGAUCGCGGCUGCUGUCUCUGUAGCUGCGUCUGGCCUCGGCAUCGAGGCAGUGAUCGAGAAGUACCUCCUGACACCCUUCAACAUGACCGACAGCUCCUACUUUGGCCGGUGUCCCGACUUCGGUGGAGAUUUGAUCACCACAGGGAACGAUUACGAGAGUUUUCUCCUUGCACUUUUGUCGUACAGAGGGCUGUCGAAGGAAAUCAUUGAUGCAUCUGAGGAAGACGCCACGCCCUUCAUGAGCGACUUUUACACACUUUAUGGCAACUACGGUUUCGGACACUUCCUGAUGUGUUUCGACAGUGUAAACGGCAUGACAGAUGCAUGUCGACAAGCUAAGUGCCACAUGGACCCAGGCGCUUUCGGCUUCAUCCCCAUCAUCGACAGAAAGAACCAGUAUUAUGUUCAGCUCGUGUCCGCCGAGGUAGCUCCCACAGGCUCUUACCCGCUCAGUGGCAUCCCUGAGUACCUUGCCGUGGCGAUGAAGCCUCACGUCGACGCGAUCCUCAGCCCCAAGCCGCCCGACCCCUACGAGCACCUCACCCACAGCCCGCGCUUCCUCUCCCUCGGCAUCGCGGACGUGAACUAUUGCCUCGGUUGUGUGCUGCACCCCGAGAGCUGCUCGUGA